GUUGGUGUUUGAGCAAUAGUUGUUCAGAAUGAGUUGGUGGGACACGUCAAGUUUCUCCAGCUUUGCAACUCAGGCUUUGAAGAAUGCUCAGAAAAAGAUUGAUAAAGUCCUUGACAUUAACGAGGAUGGGGCUGUGGUAGAGACUUCAUCAGUAUCAGAAAACAAAGUUGCCAAGUCUUCUGAGGAACCUAAAAAUGUAAAAGACACAGGUUCGUCGUGGUCUUCCUGGGGGUCGUUUUCUUUGGACAAAGGAAAGGAUGAAUCUGAAGAGGACACAAGAAGUGCCUGGUCCAUGCCAUGGGGGAUGGAUACCAGUCUUACCAAGCCUAAAAAAGAAAAGUCACAACUGGAUCAAUCUAGUGCGGCUUCCACUGUCAAGAAAACUGAAUCAUCACCUGUCAACCCAAAACCUGGUGGUUUGUCAUCUAAAAGUAAGAAAGGGGCACUGAAAUUAAAAUCCAGUGUACAAAACGAACAGACUGAAAACAAAGGAGCAGAAGAGAAUGUGGAAGAAAAAUCAAAACUGGAGUCACAAAAUGUGGAGAGUGUAAAAGAAAGUGAUUUAUUAGAGACCACAGAAGACAUUAAAGUUCAGGAAAAGGAAGUUUGUGAAGAUGAAAAUAACGAAAAGGAGAUGAACAAUGAUACACUUAAAUCAGUUAGUGAUGAAAUAAUUAACAGAGAUAAAGUAACAGAUGUAGCUAUAAUUAAUCAAGAAAGUGCUGAAAAAUCUAUAUGUUCUGAAGACAAUAAACGUUCCAGUUUAACAGAGUUAGAACAAGAGAGUUCUGAUAGUGAACCACCAUUAUCCAGUGUUUCUGAACCAGAGGGUGGAUCUAGUGAAUUAAUAGUCAGUGAACAGUCACACAAAGAAACUCCACAAAGCCCAUCGCAAGUGAUUCAUUCUGAUUUCAAGGAAAAUAUAGCAAUUACUGAAGUGAAAAGAGAAGGAGAAGAGAGUAUUGUGAAAGAAGACAAUUUAGUUGAGUGCAUACAAGAUCAGGAACAGUGGAGAGUGGAUGAGGGUACUGAGGAACAGAUUCAAAAUAAAGUGGAGAGUCAACAAGAAGAGGAAGCUAUAGAGGUCCAAACCAAAGAAGUGGAAGAAGGAGAAAUGAUGGAAAAAGUGGAUGAAGGUACUGCAGUUGGAGAAGAGGGCACACUUGUCUGUGAAAGAGAAAAUGAUGUUAAUAUUCCAGUUGGUUUUGAUUCUUUAGCUGAAGUAAACAGAUCUCAACCAGUUGACAUUCCAUCUAAUAGUCCAGAUAUCGAUCAAGAGAGGCUUUCUGGUUUACCUCUGAGCCCUUCAACAGCAAGUUCACUUGGUGGAACAGACUCAGACACAAACAAACUGGACAGUAGUUUAGAUACCUACACAUCAGAUGAAACAGUCAUUGAAAAGAGUUCAACAAAGAUGACAAAAUCUGAUGAAAGCAUACCAGAAGAUUACAUUCCAGAAAAAGUUCCAGAAUCAUCAGAAAAUCAAGAUGUUGAGCCCUCAGAAAACAUGGGAGAAAUUUCUCCUAGUAGUUCAUAUGUUAAGUGUAUGAUUGAAGAUGCAAUGGAUGACAGUGCCAAAAUGGAGGAUAAUGGAAGUGACACACCAUCAAAGUCAGAGUGUUCUCGCAGCACAGGAGGCCAUGACUCGGGGGAUGAGAUUUCCACAACUACAUCCUCCGACAUAGAAAUCAUAUCACACGUGUCAACUCCUACUUCCAAUGGAGAUGGGUCUAAAAUGGUGGAUUUAUCUCCCUUGAAGAUAUCCCUCCAGAAAACGGCACGUAGAGGAAGCAGCCCCACCCAUAGGCGAUCUGAUAGUCAGUCCAGCUCUAGCACCCACAGUAGGGAGGGACAGUUUGAACAACUCAGUCCAGGGAGGGAUUAUCAAGAUGAAGAUGACCAUAGGGGAAACCAGCAUAUGCAUGAAGGAGGAAAACAUGACCUGUUCCCACUUAGUGAACAUUUUGAAAAUGAUCAACAGCAGAAGCUCAUUAAGUUACAGACCGUCCCUGAGAAUACGGACACCACAAACAGCGAUGUAGUAUACCAGCAGAAAAUUGCUGAGCUGACGGAAAUUCUACAAGCCAGAGAAAGUAAACUGGUUCAGAUGAGUAAAGACAACAAUGACUUGAUGGAAACCAGUAACAUCCUACGCAAUCAAAUUCAGCAGUUAGAAGAAUUAAAAGAAGCAGAAUCGGAAGAUGUUAACAACGUCACGUCAGAAUUCACCAAGAGGCUGUCUGAGGCCGAGAAAAAAAUCAACCAGGUGAUAAGGGAAAAAGAAACCGUGAAGAAACAACUCCAAGACACUCAAGAUGAGUUAGCAAAAAAAACAAAAGAAAAAUCCUGUCAGAUUCAGGAGAAAGAUCAACAGAUUAAAGAACUACUGCAGGAAGGAGAGAAGCUUUCCAAACAACAACUACAGAGUAAUAACAUCAUCAAGAAGCUGAGGGCUAAAGAGAAAGAAAAUGACUCCCUCAUUACAUCUCAAAAGAAAAAGCUGGAGGAUCAGAAAACAGAGUUAGAGCACCUGCGCAAGGUGUGUGAGGUCAAGGACGAUUUAGAGAAGAAACAGACAGAGGCCAUCAAUCAGUUAAAUACAGCUGUCCAAAAACAGGAGAGAGAAAAAUCCAAACUCAAGAGUGACCUAGAAGAUGCCCAGGAGAGAGUUCGAGGAUUACAAACAGCCCUGGACAACUCCUACAAGGAGAUAGCAGAAUUACACCGCUCUAGUGCAGCACAGGACAGCAAAGCUGCUGAGACAGCACUGAGUCUCGAGAUGCAGGUCCGAGAAGAACUGAAAUCUCAGCUCGAGCAAGAACGCAAGAGUAACCAGCAGGAGAAAGAAGCUCUGAUCAAUCAGAUAGAGGAUCUGAGAAUGACUGUGUCUAGGAUGGAGAAGGAACACAAUAGGAGAGAAGACAUGCUACGACAAGAAAUCUCUGAUUUACAGCGGCAUUUACAAGAAGACGAAGCAAGAAAUCAGGACCUCACUCAAAAUGUAACAUCUGCCACCCGCCCCCUGCUGAGACAGAUUGAGAAUCUUCAGUCAACAUAUGCGGCUCAGUCUCUGUCCUGGGAAAAACUAGAAAAGAAUCUCUCUGACAGGCUAGUUGAAAAUCAGACCCAGCUGGCCAUGGUGACGGAGAAGGAGAGAUCAGCAAAUGAGAAAGUGAUGGAGCUCUCAACUCAAGUCUCCUCACUAGAGUCUCAGAACAGUCGACUACGACAGGAGAAAGCUCAACAAACGGCUCAGACUGAGAUGUUAAAGACUCGAGUACAGGUGCUAGAGGAUGCCAAACACAGUGAAUCGGUUCAGAUUGAGGCUGUUAAACAACAGAUGUCACAGGAAAUGUCUGACCUCAGGAAAGAAAAGGUUUUCCUGGAGACCCAGCUGGACAUGGAGAAAAAUAAAGUGGAACAAGAGAGGAAGAAACUGACCCUGGCUCAGGAACAAAUCUCACUGAUGGAGAAGGACCUCCAGCGCCCUCAGUCCCGGGGGUCAGUGUCACCCCUGUCUGUGUCCAGAUCUGAGAGUGUGACCGGUGACCAUGGGUCCAUGUCUAUAUCCUUCUCACAGGAUGAUUUGGAAAGAAGUUUAGUGAUGUCUCCUGUGUCCAGUAGAUCUACACUAUAUGAGAGUAUACGACAAGGGGGUGGGGCUGCAAAUUUGAUUGACAGCCUUCAGUCACAGCUAAAACAGCGAGAUGGUGAAAUUUUCCAAUUAAAAAGUGAUAUUCAACAAUUGGAGAGAACCCGGGAGUCCAUGGCUCGAGAACUCGUCAAUCUGACCAAUCAAAAUGAAGAAAUUCACGAAAAGAUUGAAGAGUUACCACAACUCAAAAAGCAGUAUGAGGAUUUGAACCAGAGGUAUGAUGCACUGUUACAAAUGUAUGGAGAAAAAGUGGAAGAAGCUGAUGAACUGAGACUAGAUCUUCAGGAUGUCAAGGAGAUGUACAAAUUACAGAUUGAUCAUCUCCUUGCUAAGUAGUGGACACUGAGUGGACCAUUGUGUGAUGACGGCGUACAGUUCUGUGAUAAAGAGAGUGGACGAUGAAGAAGUCCCUCGUAGAUCCAAUACAAGACGGAUUUAUCAUUUAAUCAGAAGCUACACAAGGUGGCAAGAACUGGUUCUACGAAGGCAUGUACCCAAGUAUGCAUUGUAUUAUCAAUAAAUUUUGAAUUUUUUAACGGUGUAACUUUUAUGUGACAUUUUUCCGUCAAUUUUAUUGAAAUAUGGAUAAGAAAUACAUGUAUUUGUCAUUUAUACGAUGUUGAAAUUUGUAAGUAGUAUACAGAAUUCCUUGAAUGAAAAAAUCAAUAAAACGUAAUAUAAACUUGAAAUGAUCAUUACAGAGUGAAAAGUAAUGAUAAUGGUACUUCCAGGUCAUGCAUGUUAUCGAUAUAAAUAAUGAAUGUAAGUAAUAGAAAGGGCUUUCAGAG